GCCAUCUUGGUCACGGUGAACAAAACCCAUCCGUGAUGUCUAAAAUUCGUCAUGAUCUCAGAAUUGUGUAAAUAAUUGUUACCUUAUUUGGAAGAUCUUUGAUAAAAAUUUAGCAAGUCUUGCUGUAAGAUAACAGAAAGUUUACAUAGAAGCAUGCAGAAGGCUUUUCCACCACCGGUCAUAUUGUGAUGGAACAGCAAACCUGAUUUUCAUUUUUUUUAUUUGUAAUCCAAAUUGGACUUUUGGAAAGAAGUAAGAUUGUGUUUGGAAGAUCAUCAGAUCCUGUUGUGAUUUCACAAGACAGCUUUUGCCAUGUCUGGUGGUAGACCCUCAAAUCCACACGGGCUGAAACAAAUUGGUCUCGACCAAAUCUGGGAUGAUUUGAAAGAAGGAAUAAAAAAUGUCUACAGUAGGCAGAGCAUGCCGAAAACUAGAUACAUGGAACUUUACACACAUGUGUAUAAUUACUGCACCAGUGUCCAUCAGUCCAGUCCAAGUGGACAGAGGCAGUCCAGGAUGCCCACUAAUCGACGCGGCCCAAACCAGCCCACAGGUGGUGCCCAGUUUGUGGGUCUAGAGCUGUACAAACGCCUGAAGGAAUUCUUGAAGCAAUACUUAGUGAAUCUUCUGGCGGAUGGACAGGAUCUGCUGGAUGAGCAGGUGUUGUCUUUCUACACCAAGCAGUGGGAGGAUUACCAGUUUUCUAGUCGCGUGCUCAACGGGGUGUGUGCAUACCUGAAUCGGCACUGGGUGCGGCGAGAGUGUGACGAGGGAACCAAGGGCAUAUAUGAAAUUUACUCUCUGGCAUUGAUUACAUGGAGAGAACAUUUAUUCCGGCCAUUGAACAAACAAGUGACUAAUGCUGUUCUUAAGCUGAUAGAGAAGGAGAGAAAUGGGGAGACAAUCAACACCAGACUGGUCAGUGGGGUGAUCAACUGCUACGUUGAGCUUGGGUUGAAUGAGGAUGACCCCACCAGUAAGGGCCCCACCCUAGGGGUGUACAAGGAGCACUUUGAGACGCCAUUUUUAGAGGACACAGAGCGUUACUAUACAAGGGAGAGCACUGAGUUCCUGAGACAGAACCCUGUCACGGAGUACAUGAAGAAGGAGGAAGCUCGUUUGAUGGAAGAGCAAAAGCGAGUCCAGCUGUACCUACAUGAAAGUACCCAGGAUGUGUUGGCCAAAAAGUGUGAAAAAGUGAUGAUUGAAAAGCACCUGGAGGUCUUCCACUUUGAAUUUCAGCAUCUGCUGGAUGAUGACAAAAAUGAAGACCUGGGGAGGAUGUAUCAGCUUGUGUCCCGGAUCCAGGACGGGCUGGGUCAGCUAAAGACUCUCCUGGAGACCCACAUCUACAACCAGGGUAUAGCCGCCAUCGACAAGUGUGGAGACUCUGCCCUCAAUGACCCCAAAAUGUACGUACAGACCAUUCUAGAUGUACACAAGAAGUACCAUGCCCUAGUGAUGACUGCCUUCAGUAAUGAUGCCGGCUUUGUGGCAGCUCUAGAUAAGGCUUGUGGGAGAUUCAUCAACAAUAACUCGGUGACUAGAAUGGCCAACUCGUCCAGCAAAUCUCCUGAGCUUCUGGCCCGCUACUGUGAUCUGUUGCUCAAGAAGAGUUCUAAGAAUCCAGAGGAAGCAGAAUUGGAGGACACUCUGAAUCAAGUGAUGAUUGUGUUCAAGUACAUUGAGGACAAGGAUGUAUUCCAGAAGUUUUACAGUAAGAUGCUGGCCAAGCGGUUAGUGCAACACAUGUCGGCCAGCGAUGAUGCUGAGGCCAGCAUGAUCUCAAAACUCAAACAAGCCUGUGGCUUUGAGUACACAUCCAAACUACAGAGAAUGUUCCAAGACGUCAGCGUCAGCAAAGAACUGAAUGACCAGUUCAGGGAUCACCUGAAGAAGACUUCUGAGGAGCCACUAGACAUUGACUUCAGUAUACAGGUUUUAAGCUCUGGGUCCUGGCCGUUCCAACAAUCAGCUGAUUGUACUUUCACUUUACCCCAAGAGCUCGAGAGAAGUUUCCAGAGGUUUACUUGUUUCUAUAACAACAGACACAGUGGUCGUAAACUGAACUGGUUAUAUCAUCAUUCCAAGGGUGAAGUGGUCACCCACUGCUUCAAGAACCGCUACACAUUGCAGGCAUCAACAUAUCAAAUGGCUGUGUUACUGCAAUUUAAUACUGUGAAAAGACUGACAAUGCAACAGUUAGAAGAGAGUACCCAGCUCAAGUCUGAGACUUUGCUGCAAGUGUUACAGAUUUUACUGAAGGUCAAGCUCCUUGUUUGUGAUGACGAUGAGAAUGACCUUCGUCCUUCCUCCUCACUGGAGUUGUUCUUUGGUUACAAAAACAAAAAACUACGUGUGAACAUCAAUGUGCCUCUAAAAACAGAAGUUAAAACAGAACAAGAGACAACACACAAACAUAUAGAGGAGGACCGAAAGCUUCUAAUACAGGCUGCAAUAGUUCGCAUCAUGAAGAUGAGGAAAGUCUUAAAACACCAGCAGCUGUUAGCAGAAGUCUUGAAUCAACUCUCCUCCAGAUUCAAACCCAGAGUCCCUGUCAUAAAGAAGUGCAUAGACAUUUUGAUAGAGAAGGAGUAUUUGGAGCGAGUAGAGGGGCAGAAGGAUACAUACAGUUAUCUGGCUUAGUGAGGCAUAGUGGGAAUCAUUGCCUUUAUUGUCUAUAUGAGGUGAUCAAAUCGCCCAAUGCCUUGGCAGAUCAAAACGUUGCCAUCAGCUGUCAUCACAUGGCCCCAGGGGACUCCAAUCUUUUUGUGAUUUUAAUUCUAAGAUCCCUGCUUUCUUUCCUUCUACUUUCCGGAUCUUGCACCGAGAGAAGAAAAAUUUUUUUUUUGAUGAUUGAGAAUUUCUGAGGAAGUAUUUACUAUGUUGUGAAGUUGUAUAAAGAACGUUUAUUUAUUGACACUGGUCUGUGUGUUCAGCUGACAGCUCCCAGAGCCACACGGGAAUCAGAUGUUGCCACCCAUACACUGGGGCACCUUGGAUAUCGUGCCCACAGAAUCGUCAUCAAUAAAGUGCUUGCCUCAAAGUAUUCCUAGAUCUUCAUCAGUGCAUUAGUGUUAGUCAGUACAUUAAAACUUACAGUGUUUAUAGACUUUCUGACUGAACAGAGCAUUGUUGACCUAGUUUUGUAUUUUAAUCAUAGUUAUCACAACAGAAUUUUUUUUAUGUGUGAGAAUUCUUUUUUUUUGUGUUAUGUGCAUUGAUUUGUGAUGCCCAGUACAGAUCAGAGACUAGUGUGAUUAGCCCAGUGAUGCUCACUGUCUUAUAUAUUGGUGUGAGAGUUGUCUGAGAGUACUCCAGAUGUCAACACAUGUCUAUCCUCCAAGUUUUCAAGUUUGUGAUUUUUUUUUAACUUGAAAAUAAGAGAAAUGGAUGUGUCAUUUUUUUCUCUGUGAUGAUAGAAUUUAAGAAUCCUCCCCCACCAGGAAAUAUUAAUUUUAUAAAAUGAUGAACUAUAAAGAAAUUCAAUGAUGUACAUAUGAAUUGACAGGGUCCCACACAUUUGCUUGUUUGUUUGGAAGAAAGUUUUGGUGCUGCUAAGCAUGAUAAAAAUGGCUUUAACUGCAUAUAUCUCAUACACAUAAUUGGUAAAACGCAGGAAUGUUGAUUCCUGUUUGAUUUUUGUUGAGGCAAUUUUUUUUAAUAAAAACAAAUUCACUGAAACAACAGGUAUACCUUGCUUAUUGCAUAACUUGCAUUACCAUAGAUAAAUAAAAAGUAGAAUAACCACUACAGAAAGAAGUAAGCCAAUGAGUAAGUGUGUAAGAAUCAACCCAAAGUUUGACAUAAUAGGACUUUAUGGAAGAGUAGUAGUUUUUUGUGUCAGUAUUUUGGUUCAAAGUUAAUAUUGGUUGUGCAUUUAAAAAUUUAUAUUGUAAAAUACACUGCUCUGACCACUUGGAUAGAGCAUUGACCUCUUGGUAGAGGUCACUGACAUUGACCCCUUGUGUAGAGGUCAUUUAGGCGUUGAAGCCCACUUGUGUUUCUGCUUUCCUAAGUUAAUGUUAAAUUCUUAAUCCUAUUGAAUGAAAAAAAAAAUUCAGAGAAGUACUAGAAUUUAUCCAGUUAUUCCUAUUAACUGCUAUUUCUUUUUGAUAUAUUACAACUAUGUUUUUUUUCUCAAUCAGAAAGUGGUUGAUAUUUAUUGAUGUGACUUAAGAAAGUCACAGAAAACAGAUACCAAUGCAUUAAAUGACGAUGUCAAUAAACAAUUGUCUUAUUAA